AUGAAAGCCCUUGAAGAGGCUGAACUCUGCUUUCCCCACAUCAACACCUCCUGCAAGAAGAUGACGCGCUCUCACGUCGAGGCCAUGCUCAUUUACAGUCUGCUGGCCUGCAUCACUCUGCUGACUGUGGUUCUUAACCUGCUGGUUAUUAUCUCGAUCUACCGCUUCAGGCAGCUCCACACCACCACCAAUCUACUCAUCCUCUCUCUGGCUGUCACAGACUUUCUUGUGGGUUUCCUGCAGAUGCCAGUUGAAAUCCUUCUCUUCCGAGGUUGUUGGAUCCUGGGUGACUUUAUAUGUGCUGUAAAUUACUUUUUGGGUUCCCUUGUUGUCAAUGUUUCAGUAGGAAACAUGAUGCUCAUAUCAGUUGACCGCUAUGUGGCUAUUUGUGACCCCAUGUUUUAUUCCACCAAAGUCACUCUGAAAAGAGUUAAAGUCUGGAUUUGUCUGUGUUGGAUGUUUUCUGCUUUCCACAGCAGCUGGUUACUGAGGGAUUUCUUGAAACAACCAGGCAGGUAUAAUUCCUGUUACGGAGAGUGUGUAGUUGUCAUCAAUUAUGUUGACGGAGUUUUUGACUUAGUUGUGGCAUUUUCUGGCCCCAUUAUUGUCAUUGUAGUUCUAUAUAUAAGAGUAUUUGUGGUGGCUGUGUCUCAGGCUCGUGCCAUGUACUCUCAAAAUGCACCUGUCACAUUUCAGUGUUCAAAGACAGUACCUGCUAAGAAAUCUGAGUUAAAAGCAGCUAGGAAUCUUGGUGUUGUUGUACUUGUGUUUCUUCUAUGCUCAUGUCCAUAUUAUUGUUUCACUGUUGCAGCUGAGAACAACUUGGUAGGGGCGUCAUCUGCAAUCAGUGAGAUUUGGUUGUUGUAUUUAAACUCCUGUUUAAACCCUGUGAUCUAUGCCUUCGUCUACCCCUGGUUCAGAAAAUCGAUUAAACACAUUUUCUCACUUCAGACGCUGAAGCCUGGCUCACAUGAAGCCAACAUACUACAGAGAAUGACUGUGUUGGAGUGA